AUGGCUUUUUUACAUAUACAUUCAUGUGAAUGCGCAAAAUCCGAGUUGGAGUUGUUUUCAUUACCGCCUACACAGACAGCGAUUGAAAGUUCUCAGUGGGUUUAUUACAAACCAAUUUCAUCAUCAACAGAUAAUUCACCAAUUGAGUUUGUUGUUCAAGGGCAAGGUGAUGAAUACAUCGAUCUUGCUCAUACAAUGCUCAGUGUUCGUGUAGCUAUAAAACAAAAUGCACCAACAACAGCAGCAGCAGCAACAGCAUCAACAGUGACACCAAAAGUAGGUCCUGUAAAUAAUUUAUUGCACUCCAUGUUCAAUCAAGUCGAUGUAUUAUUCAAUCAAAAGCCCGUGUCAACGCCUAAUAAUUUAUAUGCGUACAGAGCGUACAUAGAGACGUUAUUAAACUACGGUUAUGAUGCUAAAGAAUCACACUUAACGACCGUGGGCUGGUCUGAAGAUACACCUGGUGAAUUCGAUGAUAUAGCCGAUGCCAACGCUGGGCUUAAAAAUCGCCGUUCUUUCUUGACUUGUGGUAAAACUUUAGAUUUUAUUGGCCAUUUACAUUGCGAUGUCUAUAACCAGGAAAGGUUUCUUAUAAACGGUGUGGAGAUGCGCUUACGUCUAACAAUAUCUCGUGAUUCGUUUUGUCUUAUGGGUAGUGCUGAUAGUCAAAACUGUACUCUUCAUAUUCAAGAAGCUAGCUUAGUUGUGAGACGAGCUAAAAUUUCGCCGAGUUUUUUACUUGCACACGCAAGAGCUCUAACUAAAACAACAGCAAAAUAUCCUAUAACGCGUGUAGAGGUAAAAGCCGUUUCAAUUCAUACAGGCGUUCAUGGUGAAACAAUUGAUAAUGUGAUAUUAGGUCAAAUACCUAAAAGAGUUAUUCUAGGAUUCGUAAAUAACAAAGCCUUUAACGGUGAUAAAAGUUUGAAUCCUUUUAAUUUUCAACAUUUCAAUAUUAACUAUUUAUCACUUUAUGUCGAUGGGCGCCAAAUACCUACAAAACCAUUACAACCAGAUUUUUCAGCCGGUGGUCAAUAUAUAGAUGCUUACCACACUGUUUUUUCUGGAACAGGUGUGCAUUUCCUAAAUGAUGGUAAUACGAUAGAUCACUUCGAUUACCCAAAAGGGCAUUGUUUAUUCGCUUUUGAUUUGACAGCCGAUUUGUCCGCAAACAGUAAUUCACACUGGAAUUUGAUACGUCAUGGUAGCGUUAGAAUAGAAGUGCGCUUUGCUGAAGCUUUAGAAGCAACGAUCAACUGUAUAGUAUAUGUUGAGUAUGAUAGUGUUAUAGAAAUAGAUGCUUCCAGGCAAAUAUCUGUUGAUUUUACCGGUUAA